CCGGCCGGAAGGACGCGGCAUCCCGGCGGCCGCCCGGAAACUGUACGGCGUGGGGUGGGCGCGACCGGCGCUGAGGAGCGAGCCUGGCGCCGCUGUCGCCCGAGCAUGGCGGGGACGGCGCUCAAGAGGCUCAUGGCCGAGUACAAACAAUUGACACUGAAUCCUCCAGAAGGAAUUGUGGCAGGCCCCAUGAAUGAAGAGAAUUUCUUUGAGUGGGAGGCGCUGAUCAUGGGCCCCGAGGACACCUGCUUUGAGUUCGGGGUGUUUCCUGCCAUCCUCAGCUUCCCUCUGGAUUACCCACUCAGCCCGCCCAAGAUGAGGUUCACCUGUGAGAUGUUCCACCCCAACAUCUACCCGGACGGCCGUGUGUGCAUCUCCAUCCUGCACGCACCCGGCGACGACCCCAUGGGCUACGAGAGCAGCGCCGAGAGGUGGAGCCCGGUGCAGAGCGUGGAGAAGAUCCUGCUGUCGGUGGUGAGCAUGCUGGCAGAGCCCAAUGACGAGAGUGGCGCCAACGUGGACGCGUCCAAGAUGUGGCGUGACGACCGUGAACAGUUCCACCGCGUGGCCCGGCAGCUGGUGCAGAAGUCUUUGGGAUUGUAGGCGGCGCCCAGCGCGGGGUCUGCGGCGCCCAGUGGCUGCCCCCGCCCCCCUGAAGGGGCCUUGCCCGCGCGGGCGCGGUGUCCCGCGGCCCUCCCGGCCUGGGGCCUCACAGGACGAGACUUGUCCCCGCUCCUGGGGUUUCCAAGCAGGUGCUCUGCCACCUGGGGCCCGGGCGUCGGUUCCAGCUGUCACAGGCAGUGCGGGAAUAAAUGCUUGGUGCCCUGUGCACGCCCGAGACGG